GCCAAAAUAUUUCCCAUAUCUUCGUACAUAAAAUUCAGCAUUACAACCAUUACAACAUCAACGCGAAUUAAUGAUUGGUUGAUUCAAUUUUAGAACAGACUUUCGCAUACAUACCUCGCCAGAUUGUUUAUAAAAUAGUUAUUGCAAUGAACAUAUUAUUUGUAAACUAAAUCAAAAAUCUAGUUAAAAACUAUCUCGAAAUACCGCCCAGAAAAAUGGAACCAGAAUUAGUGUUGAAGUUAACAGUAACACCCGAAGAAAUUGUAGCUAAUCGGAUUUUUACCUGCCAUAUUAGCGAUUGUGGAGGACAAUUUACAAAUGCCUCCAAUUUUCAAAUGCAUCUCACGCGUCAUCAUAGGCUUUCCGCGGCUACGUGCAACAAAAGUAACGGCCCAAAAAAACAGUUUUAUUGUCCAGUACAAUCAUGUGUCUACAAUGUGCUAGCUAGUGGAAUCAAUUACUUUGUAUCGUUUCGUAGUCUUAAGCAACACUAUUUGAAAAUGCAUUCUGAAAAGAAUUUUGAUUGUAAACGAUGUCAAAAGUCUUAUGCUACAGAGUCACUUUUGCGAGCACAUCAAACAAAUUGUGGGAAUAAUUUUGUAUGUAAAGUCUGCAGCUAUUCUUAUGGCAGCAGAGAAGCUUUGUUAACGCAUACCAGAAGAAAAAAUCACGGCUACAAGGAAUUGCUGGCAGAGAAGAGCGGCAAACGCAAAAAUAACGCUAAGCCAAAAUCUAGUAAAGCAUUUAAGCACUCGGUAACACACCUAAGCGAGACAAUAGACAGUGAGCAGUCAUCCACUAGAAAAUCACGAACAACUCAAACUGAAUUGCAAUGCGAAAUGAAUGAAUGCUCUACUCAAACAACAAAGCUGGAGCUUAAUUCUUCAACCAGCGCUAACACAAUGGAUAAUUUUUGCCAAACAAAUCUCGAACAAUUCAAUUAUUUCGAAGAAGCCAAACUAAGUUAUUUUGAGGUCGACACAUCUAAUAGUCAGCAGAAUGAAUCGGAACCGGUUAUUUGCGUUUGCAGUGAAACGCAAACUGAUCUUAUUUACGACACUAUGUUUCCGAACGAAGACCGCACGGAUCCAAUGUUGUACUCACAUAUGUAUACUCAAACAUGCGAUGACAUAUUUUCGGAGCUUGGACUAGCGACAAUUGAGACGCAGACCAAUUGGGAUGGGCUGAGAGAGUUUUUAGUUUCAACGGAAACGCAAACUUUAAACCUAAUCUGCAACGAACCAGAACCCAGAAUGGACAGCGGGAAUCAAAUCACAAAUGAAAACGGAGAAGAAAAGAUCUCAUCCAUCCAAACGCAAACGUCAGCCAGUAUGGAGUUUUUGAAUGCCAUCAGCUCCGAGAGUAAUUCGAUUCAUACACAAACUUCCUGAUAUUGCACCGACGAGGAUGACUAUCUACUGGAUUUUUAGAGGGUGCUCACCAAAAUGAAUGAUAUAAAUAUUAAGGACUUUUAUUGCUUGGAAACCUAUUACUAUUAACAGUCAUUUGGUUUCCUCAGAAUAAUGUUAAGUAAGUUAUUGAUAUUG